GGUUCUGAGAACCUGGAGGCUCCAGCCUGGGGAGGAGAACCCCCAAGGCCGGGACAGCUCAGCCCCGCCCGAGUAAUAGCCCCGGACCGGCGCAAGAAGUGCCUCUGUUCCCGGGGAUCCCUGCGAUCACAUGUUCCCCUGUUAUUCUUCAGGCUGCAGUGCAAGCCCGGAGGUCUGCGUCCAGGUUCUGUGUGUUUACAUCCUCUCACUCUUAGGAGAUCUGGGCAGCUGUUCUGGCCAUCUGCCCCUGCAGACGCUCCCUGAAUCCCCAAGUGUGUCACCCCCAAGGUUGCCCACCUCCUGCUCUGGCCACCGCUUUACACUUUGCCCAGCUCCAUGUAAUUGAAGGAAGCGUGCUGGUUCCCCUGCUCACCUGCCUCACCUGCCACCUCGUUUCUUGGCUACCCUGGAUGGAAUUGGGAUAAAGAAGGAAAAGAUAAUCAUGGCAGAAUAGAGGGUCCCCGGAAUACUGGGCAGUCCUGAGCUCUGGGAUGGAGCCUGAAGCAGCACUGUGGGGCCCAGAUCUGCAGGGUCCUGAACAGAGCCCCAGCGAUGCUCACAGAGGUACCAAGAGUGGGAAUGAAGAGGAGAGCCCCCACCAGGAAAGUUCUGGGGAAGAGAUCAUCUUGGGAGAUCCAGCUCAGAGUCCAGAAUUCAAGGACCCACCAGAGAUGCCCCUGGAAAGACCCUCCCAGGAUCCCUCUGUCCCCCAGAACCCCCAAACCCCACCGGGUCACCCCAACCCCUUGGACCACCAGACCCCUUUGGACUCCCCUGCCCCCGAGGUAGUCCCAACCCCAUCUGACUGGACCAAGGCCUGUGAGGCCAGUUGGCAGUGGGGGACUCUGACCACAUGGAACAGCCCGGCGGUGGUCCCAGCCAAUGAGCCUAGCCUGCGGGAGCUGGUGCAAGGCCGCCCAUCUGGGGCUGAGAAGCCCUACAUCUGCAAUGAGUGCGGCAAGAGCUUCAGCCAGUGGUCCAAGCUGCUGCGGCACCAGCGCAUCCACACGGGCGAGCGGCCCAACACCUGCUCGGAGUGCGGCAAGAGCUUCACGCAGAGCUCGCACCUGGUGCAGCACCAGCGCACACACACCGGCGAGAAGCCCUACAAGUGCCCUGACUGUGGCAAGUGCUUCAGCUGGAGCUCCAACCUGGUGCAACACCAGCGCACGCACACGGGCGAGAAGCCCUACAAGUGCACCGAGUGCGAGAAGGCCUUCACCCAGAGCACCAACCUCAUCAAGCACCAGCGCUCCCACACAGGCGAGAAGCCAUACAAGUGCGGUGAGUGCCGGCGGGCUUUCUACCGCAGCUCGGACCUCAUCCAACACCAGGCCACCCACACGGGUGAGAAGCCCUACAAGUGCCCCGAGUGCGGCAAGCGCUUCGGCCAGAACCACAACCUCCUAAAGCACCAGAAGAUCCACGCUGGCGAGAAGCCCUACCGCUGCACCGAGUGCGGCAAGAGCUUCAUCCAGAGCUCGGAGCUGACCCAGCACCAGCGCACGCACACCGGCGAGAAGCCCUACGAGUGCCUCGAGUGCGGCAAGAGCUUUGGCCACAGCUCCACCCUCAUCAAGCACCAGCGGACUCACCUGCGCGAGGACCCCUUCAAGUGCCCGGUGUGCGGCAAGACCUUCACGCUGAGCGCCACACUGCUGCGGCACCAGCGCACGCACACGGGGGAGCGGCCCUACAAGUGUCCUGAGUGCGGCAAGAGCUUCAGCGUCAGCUCCAACCUCAUCAACCACCAGCGCAUCCACCGCGGCGAGCGGCCCUACAUCUGUGCCGACUGCGGCAAGAGCUUCAUCAUGAGCUCCACCCUCAUCCGCCACCAGCGCAUCCACACGGGUGAGAAGCCCUACAAGUGCUCUGACUGUGGCAAGAGCUUCAUCCGCAGCUCCCACCUCAUCCAGCACCGACGCACCCACACGGGCGAGAAGCCCUACAAGUGCCCCGAAUGUGGCAAGAGCUUCAGCCAGAGCUCGAACCUCAUCACUCAUGUGCGCACCCACAUGGAUGAGAACCUCUUCGUGUGCUCCGACUGCGGGAAGGCCUUCCUGGAGGCGCACGAGCUGGAGCAGCAUCGGGUGAUCCACGAAAGAGGGAAGACCCCAGCUCGAAGAGCUCAGGGUGACAGCCUUCUGGGGCUUGGGGACCCCGCCCUGCUGACCCCACCCCCCGGAGCCAAACCACACAAGUGUCUCGUCUGCGGAAAAGGAUUCAAUGAUGAGGGCAUUUUCAUGCAGCAUCAGAGGAUCCAUAUUGGAGAAAACCCCUACAAAAAUUCAGAUGGCCUCAUCGCACACCCAGCCCCCAAACCUCCUCAGUUCAGACCCCCCAGGCUCCCUUUUGGAGGGAAUUCCUAUCCAGGUGCUGCAGAGGGCAGAGCUGACCCCCCAGGCCAGCCCUUUAAAACGCCUGAGGGGCAGGAGAGCUUUGGCCAAAGGCUGGGGCUGCUCUCCUCCAAGUCCUACAUUUGUUCCCACUGUGGGGAAAGCUUUCUGGAUCGUGCUGUGCUCCUCCAACAUCAGCUCACUCAUGGCAGUGAAAAGCCCUUUCUCUUUCCUGAUUACAGGAUUGGCCUAGGGGAGGGGGCAGGGCCCAGUCCCUUCCUAAGUGGAAAGCCUUUUAAAUGCCCUGAAUGCAAAAAAAGCUUUGGCCUCAGCUCUGAGCUACUGCUGCACCAGAAAGUCCAUGCAGGUGGGAAACCCCAGAAGAGUCCCGAGCUGGGGAAGAGCUCUUCUGUCCUCCUUGAGCAUCUCAGGAGCCCCCUGGGGCCCAGACCCUACAGCUGUUCAGAUUGUGGGGCCUCCUUCCUGGAUCGCCUGGCCCUCAUCCGGCACCAGGAGACUCACACCCAAGAAAAGUCCCCCAAACCCGAGGACCCCCUUCCAGAGCCAGCCACCUUGUCCACAAGCCAGGAAGGUGAGGGAGAAGCCCCCACUCCCACAGGGAGUAGCAGCCAUGGGGAUGGGGAAAACCCUAAAGCCCUCUUGGAGGAAAAGCCCUAUUUAUGUCCCGAGUGUGGAGACGGCUUCACGGAAGUUGCAGCCCUUCUCCUUCAUAGGAGCUGCCACCCAGGGGUCUCCCUGUGAAAUGGGUCUGGAGACCAGGGGCCUUUCUCUCCUGAGAGGAACACUGGAUCUCCCCAAAAAUUAGAUGGGGAAAGGAGGAAAACCCUAUCAGAUUGUAGAGAAGUGGAGGAUAAAGAACCCUGGGUAAAAAUAAUGCUUUUACAUCAGUGAUGAGAAACCCUAUGAAAUUCUUGGUGGGAACCACUUAUAAGGCAGUAGAGAAAAACUGUUGGGUUAGAAACCCUAUAAAUAUGUAGGAAAAAAAAAGCCCUUUAAGUCUGUAGCAGAAAACCCCUAUAAACCCUAGUGGAUAAAAGCCCUAUUAAUUGUAGGAAGAGGUCUCAAUAUGUCUCUAGACACCCCUAUAAAACUGUAUCAAAAUCCUUAUAAAACUCUAAGGUCAGGGAAGUGCAGGGAAUACAACAAUGGCAUUGACUUGGGAGGUGUGACCCUCAGAAGGUACAGAAGAGCCUCCCAUGAACUUGCUCCACAGUCUUCUCUCCCACUGGAGUAUGGGAGGGAGCGUCUCUCCCGGAAGCCUUGGACAAUUACACUGAGGAAAAUGCUCAGCUGGGCAGUAGUGUGGGGUUUGGGUGGAACUGGGAAAGGAAAAGGACAAAGAUAGGAGGAAAACAAAUGAUGAGGAGCCCACAGACCCACAGAGGAGAAACGACCCAGGAACUAGGGAGAGAGAGCUCCUUGCACUGGGGCUUCCUCGGGGUGUGGGCCCAAUCGUAGAUGGACUGCAUGUGUUAGAGGAAGAGGCCCAUGGAAUUCCUUAUCAAAAGAACCAACAAAUGGGAAAGAAAAAAAAUGAUGUCAAGCCUUUUUAAAGGGCUGAAGUUUAGGGUGCAUAAAAACUUUUAAGAAUACUGGGAAACUACCACAAAAAUUAUGGGGAAGAGUGGGGGAUUUCUGUUAGAGUGCUUUGAGGGAAGCAAAUCAAGGUGGAGAAACUGUGUUCAUACGGAACCUAGCGACUCCAGGCCGCCCAGGCCUCCCUGUUUGCGGGAGCUUGUUAAACUGCAAGUGCAAGCAGAUCCCAGCUCAGGCCACAGGGUUCUCCCCAGCCCAGCCCAGCUGGGGACUUCUCUGCUGAGGGGCCUCCAGGGGUGGGGGGGGUCCCUCCUGCCACAUUCUCAGGUCUCAAUGUCAGGAGGUUUCUCCUGAACUCUAACUGCCACCAGUCUUGCUGCAGUGGCCGCCAAUUUCCUCAAAUUCUGUCCUUGGUUGGAGAAGGAGAAACACUGCUAGUCAACCUCCAAAGAAUAAAGCCCUUCAGAGACUCAAGGGCUGUGUGUGGUUAAAUCCUCCCUAGACUUCUCUUCUCCAAGUCAGCGAAAGCCGUGUGUGUGUGUGCCCUGUGGCAUGAGUGCAGCAAGUCAACAGAAUGGAGAGCUCUGAUUAGCCAGCAACUUGCUUUUAAACCUCACUCUUUCAUCUGAGUUGUUAGCAAGGCUGCUGGCAGGAUGAGCCAGCCUGCACAUAGUGGGGGUUGUCCAAACCCCCCAGACUGGAUCAUGGGUCCCUGAAGAGUCUACGGAGGCUUAACCACCUUCCCCACCCUGGUACCUGGAGCCCUCUGAGUUUGUGAUGAUCCAGCCCAAUCAUGGUCUUGGAAAGGGACAGAUUCCACCCACUUGGCACCUCUCCUCCUUUGCCAGUAACCUUCAGAGGGAAACGAAAGGAUGAGAAACACACUCCCCGGCUAGGCUCAUAUGUCCUCACACAACACACACAGUUACUUUCAUUAACCCAGCAAAACCUGCUAACGUGACUGGGUGUGUGUGUGGCAGGGGAAAGAGACUGUUGCCCUCUAAAAUGGUUGAAGAGAGGAAAUGGAAACAUCUGUAACAAGAAUCCCACCCCCUAACCCGGGAGACUCUUAAAGAAGGAGAGAACUCCAUGCAGUACUGGGUCCAAAGGAAGUACCCACUGACCCCACACUGGCACCAGUAAUGCACUUGGUUCUGGAGGAAGAGAACUGAGAUGCUAGAUGAAGUGGACUCUCAGGAAUCACAUCCCUGGAGAGGGUGACUCGGAUUCCUACCAAGCUGUGGAAGAGACCUCUAAUUCCAUUACCUAAAAGUUCAGAAGGUGAAAGUCCAUCUACCCUGCCGCCAAAGGGAUGACCCUCCAAUUUAAAGGAUCAAAAAUCUAUACUAUUGUAGGAGGAAAAACCCAGGCCUGCUGGGGAGAAGGAAAAUGCAGGCCUCAUAUGAUUGUGGGAAGACAUUUGUUAUCAUCUGCAUAAAGCCCCACCCCACCCAAGUGCCAGGUUGGAAAGCACUACUGAGAGGGGAGAAGGAGCCUGCCUGCUGAAUCUCUACUGACGGAAGUGUCAACAAAGGGGGUCUCCCUACGAGACUGAGGAAGAAGAGACAAUCCUCUAAGACAAAGCAGAUUUUUUUUCCCCUCUAAGAUGGUAGCAGAAAGAAAGUUCAAUUGUAGAGACAAACUGCUUGUAAAGUUAGAAGCAGAUCCCCUCGGAAACAGGCCUGAGGAAUCUGUCUCCAGAAAAGAAUCCUAGGGAGCAGCCUCUGGAGCUCAGGGGCCAUUCCGAGAGGAGGUGGUCAGUGUGGUCAAAGGCUGACUGUAGGCCUAUUGAGGACUAGAGUGUAGCAUACGUAGUAGGAUGCUCGCAUGUUGUAGGGAUGGGUGAGGGCCAGGGGUCUCAGCUCCAGUACUGAAUGGAUGAUGUGGACACGAUCAGUCAGGGUCUGGGGUUUCAUAGCAGGAAAGGAGCAGAGUCGGACACCUCUGGGGUGUGAACUGUUCUCUCUCGCCCACCUCUCCAAACUCCUUUAACCAGAUGCUUCCCUCCCAGAGCAGGCUACUUCUGGCAAGAACUAAGCAGGGAGCUGGUUUGGGGGAGGUGGCAGUGUCGAGUCCCUCUGACCAGCUCAGGCAAAGGCCCAGGAUUGUGGCACUUGCCCACCAAAACUGAGUCUAGAAGGCAUAGUGUAGCCAAACCCUCUUGUCCAACUCCAUGUAGGCCUGACUCUUCAGAAGUCCCCUGGUGGAGGAACCCAACAGACAGGGUCACAAAGCCAUGAUGAAAGCAGAGGAAAGAGCAGAAAGUCAUCUGAGCUUAGGGUGAAACUUGAAACUGCUAUGGAUAUGGAGGUCAGAUGGGAACUCAAAAGAACUGGGCGUGAAUCCUGAAUGGUGGGGAAACUUGAAACCAUCACAACCAAGAGGUGGGGUUCUAUGACACUCGCCCCUGAGGUGAGCAGCUCUUAGACUCCUUUGCCCCCAUUAGGGAAGUCCCACUCACCUGACUUGUCCCCCCUGGAGUGAGGAGAGGCCCCACUUUUGAGUGUUGUGUGUCAAUAACAGUGUUGUGUCACCAGUGGUCAUGUUGAUUAGUUGAAGAGAAUAAAGGGAAUAAGAUUUCC